AUUAUCUUGAAGUGCAAGCUAUACUACGGUGUGUUUCGUUCAGGGUCAUACACGAGCAAUAUUCCUCGCGCAUCUUUUCAAUGCUAAAAUGCGAAGACUUUCGCACAGUGCUAAAGCCGCCGGACGCUGGGUAACUUCGUCUCAAAUGAUACUCGACAACCGUAUUUGCGUUACCCCCGAUAGAGCCUUGCAAAAUGGUACAUGUUGCUCCCGCACAUACUCACCUAGUGCGGACUUAGACGCAGGCGAUAAUCGACUCCACGUUAGAAGUGGGUCUCCUAUCUUCGUCCUCACGUGGGACGUCGCUUGUAUCUGCAGCUAUGUAUGGAUUUUGGACAAGGCGAUAUCUUGGUGCCUCGAUAUGAUAUCGCUGCUAAUUCGCAAUCGUUGGCAUCCUUUCUCGCGGCCAUGGCCUGAAAUGUUGAUUAAAAUUAGCGUAGCACCGCAAGUAUGAGCAUCGAUCUCUUACAGGUAUCUGGUCGUCUUGCAUCGGUCUUGCGAACGUCAUUGGCGGACUGAUGUUUUUGGUUGUAUUGAUAGCCAGUCGAAGCAUUACUCCAGGCUUUCCAUCUUCGAGAAUCUUUCUCUGACAACCGAAUUAGUGUUGGUUAUAUACGGAUUGUGCAUGUGGUCAUUUAUGAAGCCUU